UUUUUCACGUACUUAUCUUUGAGAUAUUGUCUACUAGAGAUGCUUAUAGUGAAAUUGGUUUACUCAGAUUUCUGCGAUGUAUGCAAGUAGUUAGAAGUUGAUUAAAGUAAGCAUUGUUUAUAUUUGAGAAAUAACAAUCUAAGGCCCAGGGCUGAUAAAUGUAAUUAUAAUAGAAAUUAAAGGCGAUGGUGGUGCCACGCGUGCGACGACCAACAGGUGGAGGUUGAGAUAAUUAAAUUAGAAAGAUACGGACUAGCAUUGUGUGUAGACGCUGUUUCUAUUUGUAUACCCGAGCAUUUUAAUUUUUUUAUUGUGGUAAAAGAAAAAGUAGAGUUAGUAAAGUUCACCGGGUGAAUCCUCUUUUGAUAUAUAUUUCAACAUAUAUUAUUUUGGUUAUUGGAGAAUUUGAAUAUCGAUAAAGAUUUUUUUAUUCAUAAAACCGACUGUUAUUGGGCUAGCGGAGUAUAAAUAACUGAAUCAACUCCACGUAAAAAUCACCUACAGCUUUAUUUUAGAGAAAGUGUGGAAGACUGAGAACAUUUAAGGAUGUUCAAACGGAGGAUGCAGCCAAUUCAAUCAAACGUAGCUGACACUCUCACCUUCAACUAUGUCAAGAAUAAUGCAGAUUGCAAGGAUAUAUUUCACGAAUUCAUUGACAAUAUUAAUUAUGAGGAGGUUUGUUAUAAUGAUAUAGAUAAUGGUCCAAAAUACACGAACGACAAUCUUCUUGACUUUAUCAAUCUGUACUGUAAUGAAAAUCUUACGCCAUUAUUCUUCUCUAUCAGUAAUAUGAGCAAUACGGAAAGUAGAAACCAUAAUUAUACAGCACAAUGCAAAUUUAGUGAUAAUCCACAAGUUAUGAAUGUAAGGAAUGAACAUCAAUGUGUUUUUAUUCUAAAUCAGUCUGAAGAAAAAACUGUUGCAAAUAAGAAGCUAGAAACGCAAAUAUUGAACAAACAUUCAAAUUUCAAUGAAGAAGAAGCCGCUAUAACCAUGAAAUAUAGUGAUUCUCUACUCAAUGAACAAACGACUAUUCUUGCUCAACUAAGUCCAAAGAAUAAUGAACGUCAACAUUAUGAGCUCGAUGAAAAAAGAGGUAUCAUUUACAGAAAUUUUUCAAUAAUUGGAUCAGUAAACAGUCAAAAAGAUCACGUAAUAAAAAAAGACGAAAAUUUUCACAAAAAGUUAAUGUCACUAAUAAAUCAUGAUGAAGUCAAUAAGCUAAGCGGUGAAAUUUAUAGUUUAGAAUACUACAGAUCGUGCAAUAAGUUAUUGGCUAAAAAAUCAAGGCCGUUGGCCAACCUACGACAGAAGAAUCACGAUGCUGAGAAAAAACAUAAGGCGUUGGUUGACUUGAACAAAAAAUGUCGAAGUAUAAUACGAAAAUUCAAAAAUGGUUUAUUUACAAUUGAUACUAUAUUUAAAUGGAAUGAAUCUCAUUCAAAAGAUGGACCAAUGAAUUGUUCCAUUUGUCGUUGUAAUAAGUUUUUCAAGAGACCCGGUUCAAUUGCUAACCACAUAUAUAGAGUGCACGAAAGAAUACUUCAAGAAGCUUUAGAACGUGGUGAACUUCAUGAAAUCUUAAAAAACAGUGGAAAAUCGAAAAAAAAUUGCUCUACAAAAAAUGAUCAAAAUAUAUCUUACGAUUUACAAGUAGACCAAAGCUGCUACGAAUCACAAAAUACAUUUAUCCAUGAAACACCGCAUGAAAACUCUCAAUUAUUCAGUGAUCGAGAUUUAUCAAUCAAUAACUGGGGCUUGCCAUUGAAAUUAGAUAUUCAUAAUCAAUAUUUAACAUCAAAUGCAGACCUUUUUGAAUUGGAGCAUGCGUUGAAAAUUAUCGAAUAAGACACAAAUAAGUUCUGAUUAUCAUUCGCUAUAACAGGUUGAUUUAUAUAACAAUCUCAAUGAUUUCAGAACAGAAUGAAAUAUUAAUGCUAAAGCAAUUUUUAUAGUUACCAUCAUAAAAGCUAUAAUCCUGUUUCAGUAAAUAAUACUUAUAAAACUUAUGUUUUUUGUUUCAGCUAAAAUUUGAAUUGCGCUAAUUCCAAUACUUUCACGAUAUUCGUUGCCAAUCCGUUUAUAAUUUAUGCAUUUUUCAAACAUUUGAGAAUCGAUUUUAAAAAUCACUAUAGCAUAAGAAAUCAUAAAAAAGUGAAUAUCUUAUUUUUUACUGAGUCAUAAACUCUACAAUAAAUUAUUAAUUCUGAGAUAUAAAUAUUAAAUUGUUAUUUUACCACUGAUUAACAGAAAGAUUUCAAUGAGCUUAGAAAUUUGAAAUGUCAGUUCUAUACAAAACUGAUUUUUGAAAUUAUCUACACUCAUGCCAUAAAUUAAAGGAAAAGAAAAAGAUUGUAAAUUUUUUAGUGAUUUUUGCAAGACUAACUUCGUAAAAAAUAAUCGUAUCGGGAUUUUAAAAAAAGCGUUUUAUAGCUUGAAAUCUCUAGUUUCGGCAUAUUCUCAUCGAAAUUUCUUUAGAGCAUCAGCUCCGGCACAAACAUAAAAAAUACCGUGAGACAAAAAUUUUCUAAAUUUUUUCUUUUCUUUGAGAGAGUCCACGGGCUGCGAAAAAAUUUUUUGAAAAUUUUUUGUUUUUUUUUAUCUUUCCCUCACAUUUACCGAGUAACCAACGCAAAAAUGAAAGAAAAGUAAAAAAAAACAACAAUUUUUCCACUAUGGUGAUCACUGCACAAUUUAAGGAACAAAACUUGUUCCUUUAAUUGUUUAGCGAACCUUUGAUCGAUCACCCCCAAAAAACGGUUUGAUAGAUCAAUUUAAAAAUCUACAGGGUUAUUGGGGGUACACUAAGCUAAAAAAGUACCUGGAAACAUUAGUAUUUUUAUCGAUAUUUACAGAGUAGUGGUUGAUUAACUAAGAAACCAAAAAAAGUCAUUUUUUUAUAAUAGCUCCUAAUGGAUGUUAAAAAUAAAUUUUUUUUUUUUUUUUUUUUCAAAAAUGAUGAGAGAUUCUUGUAGUGUAUUCAUCCAAGUUUUUAACGCUGCCCUUUAAUGUAGUGUGCGAUCAUUGAUACCCGAAAUAUCGAUGACCAAAGCGAAAAAAAUCAUAUUGUGUUUGAAGGCUGAUAUCUUUGCGACAAUUCGUCACACUGGGUUAAAAAAGCCAAAUUAAAGCUGAAAAAAUUUGCUGAACGACCUAUGCAUUCGCUUAGAUGAAUAAGGUUCUCCGCAGACCGAGGACUCUCUCAAUGAAAAGAAAGAGAUUUCAAGCUAUAAAACGCUUUUUCUUAAAUCCUGAUAUGAUUAUUUUUUACGAAAUUACAGUCUUGCAAAAACCACUAAAAAAUUUCUAAAAUUUUUCUGUUUCUUUAAUUUAUAGCAUGAGUGUAUUCAUGGUUAGUAUUAUGCGUUAUUUAACUUCUUGACAGUUAUAGAGAACUAACUAAGAGUGAUUGAAAUCAAUCGAAAAAAAAAGUAGGCUGUUCUUUUACUUAGGUAACUUUAUCGAACAUUCUCUGUAAUAUAAAUCGCAACUAGAAAUAUUUCGAAACGUGAUGCCUACGAUUUUAGAUCAUGACAAUUGUGAAUUUGGAUUUUAGUUCAAUGCAACCAGACAUAAAUAAGAUUGCUUAAGUGAUUAAACUUAUUAAACUUUAUGAUGGGAAUAUCGAAUUUGUAAUUUCGCUUAUUGCACAUCUCAAACGCGAAAGUGCUGAUGAUGCUCUAUUGUUGCUGAAUUUUUUUCGGGUACCUCACUCACUUUUAUUCACGUGUACACUUUUUUAAAUAUAUUAAUAUAGGAUAAAACUUAUAUCAUGCAACGAAUUUAUUAAUAAAUACUUAUUAUACAAUAUUAAGUUUAUUGCUCAAUAUAUUAUUAUUUAAAUAAAUAAUUUAGUUGAGGCAAGCCCUGAUGUCAAUUAAUUUUGCAAUCACGUCAUCUCCCGAAUGAAACGGCUGACGGAACUUAAUAUUCAUUUUUUAUUAGCAUUAGUUUGGUAACUACAGAAACGCUCUUGUUAAUCACUAUCUAACUCUUUUGGAUUGAAUUGUAAUUAAGUUGCACUUAAAAACUUGUCAUUCACAAAAACUUUAGCUGCCAUUGUUUUUAUUGAUGUUAUUGGUGAUGUAAUUAUUUUCUUUUUUUUCCACUAACUACUAGCAGCGUCAUAUUAUAACAAAAAAGUGAUAAAUUCAACUCAUUAAUGAAUUUUUGACAUUCACCAAUAUUGAGUAUAAAAACAGUGUAAUAAACCUGCUUUUCUGACAAUGCUAGCCGUUAAUCUGCAAUAAAAACGCAUUGUGAUCUAUUCUGUGAUUGUAUUCACACAUGCUUUAACUCUUAAAGAUUCUAAUAGAAUCGCUUUCGUCAAUCGAUACCAAUCAUGGUAGAAUAUAUUAAAACUAAUUGGAAGAUUAACGUAAAAGUUUUGCAACAUGAGGUUAUCGAGAAAUAUCAAUCCUUUGUGCGUCGAAGUUUUAGAAAUCUACGUGUCAACUGUAGUGGGAAUAUAAUCAUGUGUAAUUAUUGUAAUGUAUUGUAAGUACGGUCGUGACUACCCCUCUCACUUACGGCGUCAACAGCCCGUAAUCUUUUUGCACAAACCUGUCUCCGUAACAAUAAGUAAUCGUAAUUGAUAAAGAUACUAAGCUGAUUUAAUUAUCGUGUAUUGGUAUUAUUUGUUAACUGCAGUUCGGAGAACUUAAGAUCAAAUACUGUCAAAUAACUUAGAUUCUAGGCUGAUAGUUCACUAUCGUCUAUCAGUACUUUAAAUUGAUUACAAACAGUAUAAAGAUCUCUUAGAUCCACCUGGUUCGAUUGAAAAGUAACACGGAUUACGUCAUUUUGUGAUCCAUCUUGGAUCCAGCUUUUUGCGCAUCAAACCCGGCAGGUGUAAUAAGGACGCAAAGAUUACAAAUAUUUAAAACUAAUUAAUAUUAUAGUAAAAACCAAUUCCAUAGAUAUUGUGGGAAAGUUUAGUGUAUAAGUGAAAUUUGACCAUAAAUAUUGUA